UCAAAGGGCGAUCAUUUGGUACAAAGGAUUGCAUCUGGACGAUUGCGUGAUGUUGAUGUGACUGCAUUGGCUCGCAAAGAUGGAAGGAUAGACAUUCUCGAAUCGAUAUCAGGAAAGUUGUUGACAUCUUUGCGAAAUGGCGAAAUGAAGAAAGGUGUUCAUCGUUGGGUAGGACUGGCUGUUGCACAUGAUGGUAUCUUCGCAUGCACUUCGGCAGGUGAUAUGCGAUUCUUCUCAAUCGAUCAAGAAGAAGGAUCGAAAGACGCAACAUUGGCAUUAAAAGGAGACUGUAUCAAAAGGGAAGUACCUGAACCAUUGCAAAUGGUAACAUUUGAGCCGAAAAGCGAUCCGACGCAUUUCGCAUAUGGAGGUGAGGAAAUCCCGCUCAGUGUCUGGGAUGCUAGACAGGCAAUCUCAUCCAAUGGAGAAACACAAGACGGUGAAAAUAAUGAGAACGCGUCAUCGUCAUCCCGGAAUACUAAUGGCUCCGCUAACAAGCAACGCAAACGAAAGAGAAUCAUGGAAAAUCGUGCAAAAGCAAGAGAAUUAUUGUGGGGAGAAAUAUGGCGAGCGAAGAAUCUGCCAAAUGACUCAUUAUCAUUGCCACAAAGACCGGACAUUCUCAGUGUUGCAUUCAUGGGCUCACCAAACAUAAUCGCAACAGGUACCCGAACCGGUCAUAUACGAAUUUUCAAUACGUCAUCCCAACGUAAGCAUACGCAUGAAUACCGUGCAUUCGGAGCGACACAAGAGAAGAUUCCGGUCAAGAUUCUUUUGUGCAGCGAAAGAAAGACCGAACUGAUUGCGGCCGAUACGACAGGAAAGCUUUUCGUUUUGGACGUUCGAUCUGGAUCAGUUCUUUAUCAGUACAAGGGUAUAAAUGGCGCUGUUUUAUCUAUGGAAAGUUUGCCGGCCAUUAAUAACAACCGAGGUGAUUCUUACCUUGUCACCGCAUCAGCAGAUCGCUUGUUACGCUUGCACAGUGUUCCUGUUGAUUCUCAAGCUGCAACGAUUGACGUUUCUGCCGAAGAUGCUCCAAUGCGGAAGUCAACGAAACAGAAAGGACAAACACUUUCUUCACAAUUCAUGCGGGAAGGCGCAAAUGUCAUUGCGUGGGACGGAGUUGUACCU